ACUUGCGUUGCCUGCCUGAGCCGUCGGUUCGGCCUCCUCUCUCUCUCUCUCUCCCCGCGAUGAUACGUGCCGGCGGUGCCUCUUACCGCAACCACCGACCGCCGCCGCCGCCUCCUUCCCCUCCGUCUCGUCCUCCGCCUCUACCGCCGAAUCCCUCGUCGUUGUCCACCCUCUCGCCGCUGGCUCCCCCUUUCUCUCUUGACCACGUCUUUCCCUCCCCACCGUCGUCCUCCCACCACCAUCCUCUCCCGCCCCAGCCUUUUCCAGCUGCCGAUCGGCCAUCUGCCUCCCGAUUGCCCUCCCGCACCGUCGCCUCCCCGGCCGCUGGCUCUAUCCGUUCCCAGCCGAGCUCCGUCGGUGAUUCCUACUACUCCCACUAUUAUUCUAACUCGCAGCUGUUGGCGUUUGAUGAUUCAUUCAGGCAUUCUUCGGCCUACUCGAGAGAUGGGGCUGGCCCGUGGAACAGGCCGGCGGAUGAGGAGGUAGGGCUUGGAAUGGAUUCCGAUGCGUACAAGAUGCCACCUUUCCAGGAAGGUGAUGGCCAUAACUAUUAUGACAAUGAUUCUUAUGGUGUCUGGCAUGGAAAUUCACUGACUGGAGAAGUACAUUUUGGGUCUCAAAGUUGCGAAUGGCUACAGGAUAAGCACCGAGAGAGCUAUGAGCAAGAUAUGGCAUCCUGUUAUACCAUUUGUACUGCUCCAUUCUCAACCCCAAGUGCUUUACUUGAAGAAAUUCACGGCUCUGGGACAACAGACUCGACCUCUAGGAUGGAUUUACAUGAUACUUCUGUUCCAAACUCCACUUAUGAUAGAUAUAUGGCACAACUUGACUCAUGUUCUGUGAAUCCACUGGUUUUCUACCCAGCUGCAACAUAUCCAACUCCGAGCCAAGUAUUUGCACCAUCAAACUUAAGAACUAGUUCAAACUUCAAUUGUACUUCGUCAUGUGCGAUGGUCCAUCAUGAAAUACCGUAUAAGACCAAUGAUCCAGUAAUUAAACCUUCUAAGCUAAAGGAGCCUAACCUCGAUCAAAACCUUGGGAGCAAAGCGGCUUGUGAUGAGAAGAGUGGACAAGAUUACAACAUAAUGAAGAGUAUUGUCUCACCUGUGAAUUCUGGAAAAGAAUUUCCUUCUGGCAGUAAUACAGCUAGUGAAAGUCCUUUUAAUCCUGCGGUGUUGAAUCCUGGGUUGAGAUUAGAAAAUUUGGUGACUCCUGAUGCUUCUCCAUCUAUGUGCAAUUCUGUGGAGCCAGAUAAAUCCAUGAAAAAUUCUUUAGAAGCACUUGAUCAGCAUAACCUUGCCGUUGACUCGCCAUGUUGGAAAGGAGCUCCAACCUUUUGGCAGUCACCAUUUACUGUUGAAGAAAUGCUUGUUCAGAAAGCCCUUGACGAGUCAAAAAACUUUGAUGAUCUAUGUCAAGAUCGAAAGCACCUUUUUGAGGGUGUUGGAAACUCGAAAGAUUCUGCAGAACAAGUUGGAAGUUUGAUUUUUAAUGAAAUGAAACAAAGUUCAAUUUCUGACAAGCCACAGUGCUCAUCAGUUUUAUCAUCAACUAGACAUGAGAAGCCUGAAAAUUCAAACAAAAAGUUGUCUGACUAUAGAAAAGGUGACAAUGGAACCAGGGUUCUGAUCGAUGAUUCCCCUGAAGAACAAAUGAAUAAAACAAGUGAAGUCGAGAGAAGGGAUUCUGAAGUACAAGAUGUCGGUGCUGCAAGAGUUGUUGGAACAGAAGGUAUUGCAGUAAAUAAAUUAUCACCAGAAAAGUGUAUUGAUGAUCACAACAAAGGCUCAUGUUCAUCGCCACUGGAAAAUGUAAAGGAGCUUGUUAAGACAAUACAUAGUUCUUCAAUAAAACUAUUAUCUACCAACUUCAUGGGUGAUGAUCAACUGGAACCACACGACUACAGGCUUCUUCACUCUGUGAUUAACAAUAUUGCACUUGUCCUCAAGGACAAGAAGGGUUCUGUUGGUUGUACUCCUCGUUGUUCGGGUAUAGAGGCUGCUUGGACUUGCAAUAGAUGUUUAGAUGCUGAUGAUGUAAAUCAGAGCAACAUGGAUCAUACGUGCAACAUGCAGGGAAAGAUACAUUCUGUUGGGUGCAAUAAUGUUAAUAGUGAGUUUGACAAUUUUGUUGAGGGCUGCAAUGCAAAUCUCGGGAAAGUCUAUGGCAUGACCCAGGCUAUUGAGAAUGCUUUAUCAAAAAUUCCCUCUGAAAGAGAAGGGGAUGCACGGACACUGUUGUAUAAGAAUCUCUGGAUAGAAGCAGAAGUUGCAACGUGUAGAUUGAAGUAUGAACUUCAACUUACUCAAAUGAAGAUUGAAUCAGAAAACUUGAAGCCCGUUCAGUCAGGCAUGUCAUCAAGCCUGCCUUCUGCACAUGAUCUUCAGGUGAAUGAUUCACCUUUGAAGGCCAAAGGAAGUUUGUCGGGUGUCAUUUCUCCCACUUUGGAUGGUGAAGAAAUAGGAAGUUGCCAGCUUCCUCAUGAAGCAUCAUCGACCCAUGAAUUGAACAAGUCAGAGGAUAUCGAAUCAUCUGUGAUGGUUCGAUUCAAAGUUCUCAAGGAUCGGAUUAUCAGCUCUAAUUACAGAAGCAUGGAGGAACAAGGGACACUUGUUGACUCUGAUACCGGAACAUGCUCAGAUGCAAAAGAAAAUGCGCCUGGUUCUCCAGAUGUUGCAGAUAGUUCUGGCACGAAAGACCGAAUAAAUCUUGCAGAUUUGGGAUUCGUGGAGGGUGUCGUGCAGCCGUAUGACACACACAAACCUAGGCCUUGGUUUUCACUUUCGGAGACCAGAUUUGACAUGCAGCCUCCUCCUGCUGCAACAAGCAACAGCGAAAUAAGGCCAGGUUUAGAUACUUCAAAAUAUGAAAAUACCCGGGAGGUGUUCUCCGGCCCUUUAAAUGGAUCACUGAUUCAGUCAUACAUGACAUACAAGCAGGGGAGCUGGUCUCUUACUGGUGGACAUAUAAACCCUUCAUUUGAGUGGGAGCAUGUCCCGAGGGAGGAAUCCACACAGUAGCAGUGCCUUAAUCAUGAAAAAUAAUCCUACUUUUGUUGAAGUGGAUGUCUUGUGAAUAGCAAUAGAACAUUUGUGGCUUAUGUUUUUGGAACAUGUGAUACUGCAUAUUGAUAAUAUGAACAAAUUUGUGCAAUCAAAUCAUCAUUUUAUGUGUCUUUUGGAA